GGGAGGGAAGGCCUGGCCGCCCUGCGCCACCCGUGGGGGCGCACAGCUCUGCGGACUCAGGCCUGGUCCUUUCUCCUGGAGGUGUGUGCCAGGACCCAGCAAUGGCCACCAGGACCCUGACGGCCAAGGACCAGGAAUCAGUGACCUUCAAGGACGUGGCUGUGGACUUCACCCUGGAGGAGUGGGGCUGGCUGGGGCCUGGCCAGAGGGAGCUGUAUCGGGACGUGAUGCUGGAAAACUACCAGAACCUUCUCUGGCUGGGGGCAGGGCUUCCUGGGUCCAAACCCGAUGUGAUCUCCCGUCUGGAGCGAGGGGAAGAGCCCAGGAUGGAGGAGAGAGAAGCCUGGCGAGCUACCUGUCCAGAUUUGGAGACAAGCUCUGCAGCUACCCAGGAGACAAUUCCAAAAAAGGGUAUUUCUGAAGGGGCAGCUUCCCCCGUGGGAAAGAUGGAGGGAAUUUUAAGGGCCGUGCUUGGAGGUGCCAAAUUGGGGGAAUCCUGGAUGUGUGGCCAUCAACUGGAGGACCAGGGAAAGCAGGAGAGACAUUUGAGGUGUUCGUUUGCUACUCCUAAGCGAAACACCUGUGGGGAGAGAAGACUUGGCUGUAACGAGCUUGAGAGAAGUUUCAGGCGGACCUCCACCUUCAUAAGGAGGCAGAGAGUGCCCAGGGGAGAGAGGCCUCAGAAGUGGAAUGGGCCACGAAAGAGCUUGAAACGCCAAAGGACCUUUGUAGAAAAGAAGCCGUUUAACUGCACAGAAUGUGGGAAAGCCUUCAUUUACCAUUCGGACUAUCUUCUCCACCAGAGAAUUCACACCGGAGAGAAACCCUACAAGUGUAACGAUUGCGGGAAGGCGUUCAGCAACAGCUCGUAUUUCAUCCAGCACCACAUCAUCCACACGGGAGAGAAGCCCUAUGCCUGCAAGGAGUGCGGCAAGGCCUUCACUCAGAGCUCGUCGCUCACCGAGCAUCAGAGGAUCCACACUGGAGAGAAGCCAUACAAAUGCAGGGAAUGUGGGAAGGCCUUCACUCAGAGCUCCUCCCUCAUUAAACACCAGCGAUGCCACACCGGGGAGAAACCCUAUAAAUGCAACCAGUGUGGGAAGUUCUACUCACAGGUGUCCCACCUCACCCGCCACCAGAAAGUCCACACGGGCGAGAAGCCCUACAGAUGUGGCGAGUGUGGCAAGGCUUUCUGUCACACUUCCUCGCUGACUCAGCACCAGACAAUCCACACGGGAGAGAAACCCUACAAAUGUAACGAGUGUGGGAAGACCUUCAGCCACAGCUCAUCCCUCACGCAGCAUCAGCGAGUUCACACUGGCGAAAAACCCUACGAGUGCUCCGAGUGUGGGAAAGCCUUCAGCCACAGCUCAUCCCUGACUCAGCAUCAGAGAAUUCAUACCGGUGAGAAGCCCUAUGAGUGUAAUGAGUGUGGGAAGGCUUAUACGCAGAUUUCCCACCUCAUGAGGCACCAGAGCAUUCACAUGGGGGAAAAGCCCUAUAUAUGUAAUGAGUGUGGAAAGGCUUUCAGUCAUACAUCAUCAUUUACUCAACACCAGACUAUUCACACUGGUGAGAAGCCCUACAAAUGUAACGAAUGUGGGAAAACCUUCAGCCAGAACUCUUCACUUACACGCCACCAGAGGAUUCACACUGGGGAGAAGCCCUAUGAGUGUAAGGUUUGUGGGAAGGCCUACACCCAGAUUUCCCACCUCAUCCAACACCAGAGGAUUCACACUGGAGAGAAACCUUACGAAUGCAGUGAGUGUGGGAAAGCCUUCAGCCGGAGCACCCACCUUAUCGAGCAUCAGAAAAUCCACACGGGUGAGAAACCUUACAAGUGUAAAGAGUGUGGGAAAACGUUCAGUCACAACUCAUCCCUCACUCAACAUCAGAGAAUUCACACUGGCGAGAAACCCUACGCCUGUAAGGAAUGCGGGAAAGCCUUCAACCAGAGCAUCCACCUCAUACAGCAUCAGAGAAUUCACACCGGAGAGAAGCCGUACAAAUGUAACAACUGUGGGAAAACCUAUACCCAGAUUUCACACCUUAUUCAACACCAGAAGGUUCACACGGGUGGCAAACGCUUUGUGUGUAAGGAGCGUGAAGAGGAUUUCAACUGGAGUUCACACCUGACUGAACAUGAGAGACUUCACACUGCACACAGUGCCUAUGUCUGCGAUGGUUUUGAGAAAGCCUUUUCUUGGAGCACACAAGCCUGAGAAUGUAAUAAAUUGGCGGUUCUGCUGUUGGGUUCAGUUCAGCUUUCAUCAGCACUAGUAAGUUCCUCCCAGAGAGGAACCCUAACCCCACAUAUUGAGAGAGUUGGUUUCUUUAUUUCCUAGAAGAAGGAUGGCACAGUUUUCCCCCAGCUGGGACAGCUUCUGAUCAUUUUAGGAGCUUCCCCCUAAGAUCCUAACCCCUAUUUCUCAACCCUACAAUGUCCCCAGAUAAUGGUAGUUAGGGGUGGUCUAAAUGAGAUGCAACUUCACCUGAUAUCUUUAAUAAGGUCUCUCUGAGCUUUUUAAAUUUAUUGGUCAUUUGUUAAACUGGAGCCUGAAAAUUCAAGAAAAGAAAAACACAGCUGGAAAGAUUAACCCUUUAGAGCAAAAGUCUCGCAUAUAUGUAGCUGAACGUAACUGCUAGAUGAUUUUAGUUUCCUUUAAAACUUGAAGCUACAAAUUUCACUGCAAAAUCUGCAGUUGGCUUAGACACUGAAUAUGUUUCCCAUAUUGACAGCAGUUUUUAUGUCCUGUUGUUUCUGUCUUUUCCAUUUCCAGGAUUUAUGCUUUACAAAGUAAUUGCCCUAUUAAGCAUCAUUUUCUGAUUUUAUUCAUGCCCAAAGGGAUGUUUUUCUUUCCUCAUAUUUUUUAACAUAGCAUUUAUAUUUUAUUAUAAAAAUAAUAUGCAUUUGUUUGUAACGGGAAAAAUUUUUAAGUAAAGUAACAUGUGCUUGUUGCAAAGGAUAAUUUGGAAAGUGUAGAGAAGUCUGAACUAAAGUACCAAUUCUCUAUAAUCCCACAGCCCAGAGAGACCCACCAGUCAGUUUGGGGUGUAUUUCUUUCUGGUUUUAUUUUACUCUGUAUUCCAUGUCCACAUUUUUAAAUGUUGAAAAAUUUGGAUCAAAAAACAAAAGCCAUAUACUCAUCUACAGCUUGGCCACCCUCAGAAGUCAUAUUGUUCCGAGUUUUUCCUAUUUCCUUCCAAAUAUCUUUUUAA